GUGGUUUUUUUGCGCUUUGUGUGUGAAAAAUAUUCUGAGAUUCCUUCACAAUUCUUUGCCAAUUCUCUCAAAAGUUUUGAUAUUUUGUUCACAUUUGUUCACAUUUGUUGAUUUCCGUUGUUGUUGAGCUUACUUUGGUCGGAGAAGCGAUGACAUCCUCGGUACACACGAAUUCACACAUAUCGAGAAGGGCGUCUAUAGCUGCCACAGCGCCGUACACGAUACCUGGGAAGGUAUCGCCGGAGAAGGGUCCACAGCACAGUCAUCAGCAUCAUCAUCAUCAUCAUCAUCAGCAUCACAGCGGCAGCAGUCACGGCCAUGCACAGAAGGAGCUGAGCUCCAGCGUGCCGUUGCUAUCGCGAGAGUUUGUAGUGAGAAGAAUCAGCGAAGGUGAGACGGGCAGGCUCAAAGAGGAGUUGAAGUGUGAGGCGUGUGGGAAGGGCUAUAAGCACAUAUCGUCGCUGGCGAAGCACCUCUGGGAGCACACGCCGGAGUGGAACGUGACGAAGAAGCUCCUGAUCUCGAAGCACCAGCAAGUGCAGUUGUUGGAGGCUGCGAGUAUAUUGAUCAGCAUGAAUGAAAAGGAUGAGGACGGCAUCAAGUUCAACCCGCAGUAUAGAGACAAGCACCACGACUCGCCGCCAGUCCAGUCGACAGUACCGCUGAAGCAGUCGAGAAUGCCGUCGAUCUCGAACGAGUCCACAUAUGUGCUCCCAAAGCUGGAUGAGGUUGCGUCUCCAAAGAUGGGCGGAGACGACCAGCUACACAGUGACACCAGGGAGGAUGAAGAUGAUAGUGUAUUCGGCAACAUGGAAUGAGCCUGGGGG